CAAGAAAACAAGAUGGAUGGGAAGAAGUGGUACCAAGUUACAGAUAAGGCAGUUCCAGCAGGGUCCAAGUCUGUUCUCUGAAAAGAAGCUCUAACAUCAAAGAGGCUGAAAAGCAAACAUCAACCAAAAUGGAAGGAGGCAACAGUCCAAAUCUGCAACUUCAGCAGCUCCCGUUGGCCACAGCAGCGGUUUCUGUGCAGCCACACAUUGACUCCUUUUCUUACAAGGAGAACUUGAUUGGUGCAUUACUAGCUAUUUUUGGGCAUCUUGUUAUCAGUAUUGCACUCAACCUCCAGAAAUACAGCCACAUCCGGCUGGCAGGUUCCAAAGACCCCCGAGCCUACUUCAAAACCAAGACGUGGUGGUGUGGGCUGUUCCUGCUGGUGCUGGGUGAACUGGGAGUGUUUUCCUCUUACGCCUUUGCUCCUCUGUCACUGAUUGUACCACUCAGUGCGGUGUCUGUUAUAGCUAGUGCAAUCAUAGGAAUUAUAUUUAUUAAAGAAAAGUGGAAGCCCAAGGAAUUUCUGAGCUGUGGUUUGGCAAUUGUUGGAACUUAUCUGCUGAUAACAUUUGGACCUAAUAGUCAUGAGAAGAUGACAGGAGAAAAUAUCACUAGGCAUUUAGUGAGCUGGCCAUUUCUGUUGUAUAUGCUUGUGGAGAUCAUCCUAUUCUGCCUGCUGUUAUAUUUUUACAAGGAGAAAAAUGCAAACUACAUUGUCGUUAUUCUUCUGCUGGUAGCUUUGCUGG